CAACUGAUAACUCAGAGAACCACUUCGUCGAAAGUUAGCGGGCCAAGUCGGGGCAAAACGUCUGUCCUUUUUUUCCCGAGAAGUGGACUUCAAAAUUCGUACAGAAAUGAUGCCGAAACUGCUACUCGUGAUAUGUGGGGUUCUUCUUACGAUUGCGAUUGUUAACAGUCAAGGAUCUGGAGAUGACGACUCGGAUAUAGGAGCAAAUGUGUGCGUAACGCAAGAUUGUUACCAGACUGCUUCAGAUAUCCUCAGUUCAAUGGAUCUUACUGUARACCCAUGUGAUGACUUCUAUCAGUACGCAUGUGGUCGUUGGAUACAACAGAACCCGGCUGAUGAUGGCAAGGCGUCCGUUGACCGAUACGAGAAACUGCGCGCAGAUAAUGAUGAGUUCCUGAAGAAGUUUAUGGCAAACUCCAAGUCGAGGAAUGAGUAUAGAGAGAUCAAAACAGUCAUAAAAGCCUUCAAAUACUACGAGUCCUGCAUGGACACUAACACAAUAGACAAGCGAAGUGCUCAACCAAUGGAAUCUCUCAUUCAACGGUACGGCUCGUGGAGCAUCACGGACAACAACUGGGACGAAAGAGCCUGGAACCUACAAGACGUUCUCAUUAUGAUGCUGGAAGAUUUCGGAACAAAAUCUUUGUUUGAGUUUAAUGUAGAGCUAGGCAUGACAAACAGCAGUUACUACUACAUCAGUCUUAAACAGCCGACUAAGUUCAGUAUCCCUCGUGAAAAACUAAAUUCCAAAAACGGAGGAGCAAAGGAUCGUAGAACAUUUCGCCAGUUCAUGAUGAAUGUGUCGCUAUCUCUAGGAGCUCAAAACUCUCAGAAAACUGCAUCAAUGCUGCGUGAGGUUCUUCGCUUUGAAAGAAAGCUUGCUAAGAGUGCCUUGCCAGAAGAGAGUAUUGACUACAAUAAGAUGACAAUAAAAGAAGUACAAGACAUGCUGGGCACUAAUCCAAUCGACUGGCUUUACGUUAUUCGUCAAGUCCUGUCUGAUGUACCCAUUAAUAUUACGCCUGAAACCACUAUCAUUUUGAAUGGAAAAAGAUACUUCAGAAAACUCAAAAAGCAUUUGAGCAAUACACCAAAACGAACCCUGGCCAACUACAUGAUGUGGAAACUCGUAUACGACUUUUACCUGCAUCUUGGUCAGGAUUUUGUUGACAUUUAUCAUGAUUACAAAGCUGCAUCAGGAAGCAGCUGGCAGCAGCCUGACAGAGAAGUUACAUGUAUGGAGCAACUUCUGAGCAUGCGUGGGUUUGCAUUACCGCUGACAAGAGUGUUCGUCGACAAGAAAUUUAAAGGGAACAAACAAUGGAUAUUAAAUGCGACAGAACAGAUUCGUAAUGAAUUCAUAUCAAAUCUUGAUAACAACUUUUGGAUGGACAGAAAAACAAAUGAAAAAGCAAAAACAAAGGCUCAGUCGCUACAGGAGGUGAUUGGAUACCCUGAUUUCAUCUUAAAUAGCACUGCAUUAGACCUGGUAUUCGAUGACGUCGUCAUUGAUUCAUGGACAUACUUCGAAAACGUAUGGUCCUUGAAGAAAUUCUGGGUACAAAAGAACUACGAACUUAUAGGAAAAGAAAGAGAUAACGACCAAUGGAAUAUGUCUCCAAUAGAGAUUAACGCUCAAUAUGAAGACAGCUUCAAUCGCAUGGUUUUUCCAGUUGCAAUUCUUCAACCUCCAUUUUACAGCGGAAAGUACAGUAGUGCUGUCAAUUUUGGUGGCAUCGGUUCUGUGAUUGGUCACGAGCUGACGCAUGGAUUUGAUGAUUCAGGGAAAAAUUACGACGAAGGUGGACGGCGCGAGGACUGGUGGACUGACCACACCCUCAAUGAAUUCAAAAAACGAUCCAAGUGUCUGGUCGAUCAGUAUUCCAGAUAUCAGUUUCAUGGGCAAAAUGUCAAUGGUAAGCGAAGUCUCUCUGAGAAUAUCGCAGAUAAUGGCGGACUUAAGCAAGCUUUGGGUGCCUAUAGAACAUGGGUUAAUAUAAAUGGCGAUGAACCCACCUUGCCUACUACCAAUAUGACCAAUGAACAGUUAUUCUUUGUGAGCUUCGCGCAGAAUUGGUGUGCGUCGUUCAGCAGUGAAGGAAUCAAUGAAGAAAUGACGAGUAACUACAGUCCAACACCAAUAAGGGUUAAUGGGUCUCUCAAGAACUUUGACGAUUUUGCAUCUGUAUUUGACUGCGCUCCUGGAAAACCCAUGAACCCGAGGAGUAAAUGUGGACUGUGGUAGAGGUAACCUAAGAUGAUUUGAAAACAAAACUCCAACCGCUAAAUGUACCAAUAUAUUCGCUACAAUGAUGAUUGAGGUUCAAUGACUGAAAAGGGUUGCAAGAUCAAAGCUGUACUGUUUAAUUGUAGUUCAUCAUUGGAAAAUAAUGUUCUAAUAUUCGCACAUGAAAUAUAGGGAGUUCUUCUAGUUUUCAAUAUUUCUAUUUCUGGUUUUCAAUCAUUCCCAAGAGAAUUAAAUAACAAAAGACACGACGGUCAUGUUGGAUGAUAAAACAAGGGAGACUAAAGAGGAAUCUAUUGUUAAAUUUAUCCAACAUGGCGGCUGUGAAAGCCAUCAAUAUGCAUAUUGCGUCACAAAUGAAAUAAUUCGAACAAUUGAUUAUAUGCUAAUUAAUGUUCUUAAAUGCCGGGAAAAGGGCAAUAGUUUACAUCACUGCACAUGGGAAUGUAUCUGGGACCUUAAUGAGAAGUAGUCAACAAGUUUUUUGCUGAUUUCAGAGGGUUUAUAAAUCAAGCGGUAAAGAAGGCAUUGGUUAAACUGUUAUUCUUCUUACAUCAAACCAAUCGUCAACGCAAAAGUUGAAUUUAAGGACAAUUUGAGAUAAAAUUGCAAGAUCACUAGGAUUUUAUUGUUACGUAUUUUUUAUUGUUAUUAUAUUAAAUAUCCAUCGACCAACCGCUCGUCCA